AAAUGAUCAAAAUCUAUAUCAAGUUGUGAAAAGUCUGCGCCUGUGCGACUAGACGUGACCCGGAAGUGCAGCGGCGAUUGUAAACACAGCUGUGAACGCUGUGUUCAGUUUCAGAAAGAUGGUGUACGUGUCCAACGGUCGGGUCCUGGACAGCAGAAGCCAGUCUCCAUGGCGACUGUCCCUUCUGGUUGAUCUUUUCUGGGGAGCCGUGGAGUUUAUCGGAUUGUUUUUUAGGACUAUGUUUAAUCCUGACAUGACAAAAGGUGGAACCAGUAGUUCAUCUCGCUUCUCUGAUGGCAGAGGUCCUCCAGGUCCCCCUGGUGGAAGGAGGAGGAUGGGAAGAAUAACCCACGGUGGAGGUCCUAAUGCACCACCAAUGGGUGGAGGAGGAUGAGGAAGGUAG